AUGGCCGGUGGUACUAAUAUAAGCAGGAUCGUCUUAACGAUCAUUCUUGGGUGUAUUCUUAUCUACGCUCGUUUUAAACGUACUACGUUCCUUAAAGAAAGCUGUGUGCAAGUUUUGGCAAACACAGAAUCCGCUUGGAGGUUAAAAUGGCAAUAUUUUAAACCGCCUUUUCCUCGCGACGACGUGUCAACUGGCAAACAUUUCAAGCGACGUACAUAUCGCAUAUUUACUGGUGACGGCGGUUAUAUAACCGGCUUUUUACUUCUUUGUGGCGACAUAAUCAGCCAGCCUGGACCUCAAGCUUUUCCAUCCUCUGAGAAACACG